AUGCUUUUCUUAAUGUUUUCGCAGCAUAUGUUGAUGAGUUUCCGCGUGUCUGAACUACAGUCACUUCUCGGUUUUGCGGGUCGUUCAAAGUCGGGAAGAAAACAUGAGCUCAUGGGUCGGGCGCUUCAAAUGUUAAAAGGCGAAGGAAAUCAUGCCGUUCGAAAGAAACUGAGGGAGUUAUACGAAAGACGAUGUGGCCCACGGAAAGUUGUUGCUCCUCUGCCGCAGCUUCGAACAGUUAUUCCAGCGCCGGUACCAUCGCAACGGCCAUCGUCGAUAAAUUCAGACACGAGCGGGGUUCCCGUCCAUCCGGAUGUUCGACUCUCUCGCCUUCCUUUCUUUGAACAUAUCGACGAUUUGGUAAGACCAACAAGCUUAGGUAAGUUUUAACUCUACAAUUUGCCGUUGAAGAUAAAGAUUUUCUUCAUUCAUCUUAUUUUUGCCUCUAAGCAAUAAAUUGUUAUUUCCAGCUUAGCUUAUGAUACGACUUAAUUUUUUGAAGAUUUUCUUUGAUGCGUAAUGUUAAAUUGUUUAUUCAUCAGGGCAAAAAUACUCAUAAUAUCCACGUUUAAUCGCAUCAGUCUUGUCUUUUAAACUUAUUCCCUUUGAAUACAACUAAAAUUUCGAUGAAUUGUGGAGGCGAGUUAUAUUUAUUCUCUGAUCUGAGUUAUUGUCCUCCUUUACGUGUAAAAGCAAUAAGCUUCGCUGAACCCAUGUUUUGUUUUUACGACGUUUACUUCGACAAGGAAACAGCUGAGUUUCUUUGUUUAAAUUGUACUUUAGAACAAUUUCUUCUUCGAAGAAUCAUGCUUAAUUUACAAGUGUGCGUUGUCUAAUUUGUCUUAUGGUGCUGAAUGAUUGUAGCAAUAUAAGCUUACUAAUGCUUAAUCGAAGGUGGUGCUCUGUUAACAUGUUUUGAUGCGUUUAUAUACAGUUGUUCUGGUUUUUUAUGCUUCACUUGUGUUGCAAAGGGUUGGAGAUGUUCAAAAUUACUUGUCAACAAGUUAGUCGUAAAAAUUGAUUUUAUCCGUUUGUGUCUCGAGAGAUGUACUCACUGAUUAUCAGAUUAGAUCAUUUCUUAUACAAUCCUCUGCCAGUAAAAUCUGUGUCAUGAAUUGACAUCAUAAACAGAGAAUGAGAAGUCAUUACAUUUGUUCAGAGUUUUAUCAGUUUUGCCUUUAGAUAGUUAGGUAUCAGAAAGUUUUACUUAAAACGAUAUCUGGAUCACGCUAAUUACAAAAUGGUGAAACUUUCGAUCUAAAGAAUGAGGAAAAUGAACAGGGCAUGCGUUGAUGGCAAAUUUGAUGCUGAAUACAGCACUUUUUGAUAUUUUGCUUGAAGACAGUGGUAGUCGUUACACUAGCACCUAAAUAAGCUAAGAAAUAUUUCAAGACAAGUAAAUUUUAAAUUCUUCAAGUAAAAGGAAGCUUCACACAAACUGUCUUCCUUACUUCAUGUUAACGUAAGGCUAUUUUCCUAUGCAACAUAAUUAAGAUUGAUUGAUAUGCUUCGCCUGUCUCUAAGCUCAAGAAACCGCAAGUUUGCUAAUUGGGUUUUAAGGAUGGUUUUCAAGUCACUUGACCCUUUCUUGAAUCGUUUCAACUUUACGACUUUAAUGAUAUGCAAAGUAAAAUAAAGUUCUUCAUAUUUUACUUAGGCCUUCAUGCACAUAUCUUUGGUUAAGUAAAACUUAGUAGCUCUUAAGUCUUACUUAACAGCCUAGUGUAAAGAAAGCGAGCAUUUGACGUGGACGGAAUUUAACAAAAAAGUGCCGUAAACUUCUAUAAAGCCAUAAAAAAGAAUCUAUAAGCAUCCAUAAUACUCCAAAACGAAUCUCACUCAUACCUAUUUAAAAGAAUGAAAGAAGCAUGCUGUUUCAUGGAAAUGGGACAAGUUUAACACUUCUUGAGGCGUGUGUCUUCCAGCACACCGGAACCCGUGUAUCAGUACCAAAGUAAUGGGUGAACCUUGUAUAAGAAUUGUAUUCCAUACAUUCUUUAAUGUCCGGGGCAAACAAAAUCAUUAUUAAAUAAUGACAAAUUUUGUUCUACUACAUUGUUCAUUUGGGUUAGAGUGUUAGGGUUUCACUGCAUACAUGGCAACUCUUCCUGACUAUCUAUAAAUCUCCCAGAUACAACACGGAUCUCCUUGUCUCUUAUAUGGGUUACUAAAGCUCCUAAAUGCAAAAGGCUUGGAGGUCUUCUAUUCUGUAGCCAGAAAUUUACUCCUUACAAAGAUCAUCUCUAUCAAGUUAUAGUUUAAAAACAAAUGCUGACAGUCCAUAUUUCACAUAACACUCCAUAAUUAUAAUGUCCCAAGCCACACCCACAUAAUUCAGAGACUGAUCAAGUCAAUUUGUGUUAGGGGUGGCUAGUUCCCAGAAGGUCACAGUUCUCAAAACUCUUGGAGUUUAAGCUCUAAUCCUCUGAGUUUGAAACAAGGGUCUGAAAGAAUUAAUUUAUAAAGUAGUGGCCAAAGGGAAAAUGCUGUGAUCUUUAAUGAAAUUCACUCUUAACUGUUAUUAGUUUAAGGAAAUGUGUGGAGAUCAGUCUGAAGAAUGCAUAAGUAGUUAUUGGGGUUAAAGGGUUCUUUAAAUAGUGAUUCAAAACUGAGGCCUGGCAUUGAAAUUUCAUUGCAAUAAUAUACACUUUUUGAAUUAAAACUAUCUCUUGAGAUGAUUGUGGCUAUUGCAUGGCCAUUCAAAGCCUUUAAUAAAGUUUUGAUACAUCUUUAAAUGUCAUUACCUGGUUAUUGUCAGUGAUAACUUCCCUUUUUUCUUUGUAGUCCCACGUGGAAUGUCACAAUUUCAAGAAGCAUAUGUCAUGUUUCAUUUGACACCAAGCCAAGUACAACUUAUAAGUAAUUCAAGGUGAGAUUUAAAUGAGGCAAGUGAGUUCAAUAUUGAAGUAGCCACUGGUAUCAAUUAAUAUGAUGAUAGUAAAAUGUUUGUGUGCAUUUAAUUCAGUACUUGUCGUACCAAAAAUGCUGGGAUAAGUUCACAGAUUUAGAUGGGGAUGCUUAUUUGUUGGGGGUGCUUAUGUCACUUUCUAAAUUUUGACCUUAAAAUAACAUUGUCUAAAUUUUGAGUAAACACAUUGUAACUAAUCUAGAACAAAGAUCUUAAAAAGAACAAACACAAAUCUGAGCGGUCACUCUCAAAGUUAGGUCAUCUAAGUUGCAGUUUCCAAAUCUUUAUAUUCUACUUCUUUUGCUGUACAUUUUGCUUUUUUUUCCUUUGUUCAAAGACGUUUGGGGAGACAGUUUAAACAGGGGCAGUUACUUUUAGUUUCAAAGCUGGGAGGCAAUAAUUAGAAGGGGAUACCUGAACUAGCAGGCAGCAACUUUGCCACUUGCGGUGGAAUAUCUGUUGCUUACUCAACACUAACCAGGCUGAGUAUAGGUCUAAUAGUAAAUAAAUAAAAACCAUACGACCAUACACUUUGACUGGAUGCUUACUUAAAGGAGGACACUUCUUUGAGCAUUUACAGCACUUGACAGUGAUUAUUUGAAGUACUAGUACUUUUUUUGCUAAUGUGCAUAAUGCUUAUUUUUUAAGGGAUACCCGGCCAAAUUCUAGGAAUGAAUAUACAGUACAAGUGCUACUGAGGUUCGUGGACUGAAAAGUUUUCUUGUUUAUUAUUAUCAGCAUUAGCAUUGCAAAGAACUAUUUUGUCAUAAUAAAAAUAAUGCUUUCUUGUUUUGUAGAUUUUGUUUGUUUGAAACAAGUUGUGAACAAGAGGACCACUUUCCUUCAUCGCUUUGUAUCAAAGUUAAUGGGAAGAUAUGUCCAUUACCUGCUGUAGGUUUUACACUUGUUUUACCUUGUUCAACAAAGUAUUGUUAACAUUGCUUGUUUGAAAAUUGGCUUGAUAUCUCAUUCAUCAUUAUAAUGUAUUAUUGCCAUCAAGCCAUCCAAGCGAAGACCCGAGGAUGGUGAGGCGGCAGCAGAAUAGAGCCGCGCAAGACUGGGCAAUAUGCAGAAAAGUUCUCCAUCGAGCUUCAAAAAGUGUAACCCAGUAAUUUGUAACCCGUAACCAUGUAACCUGAUCUAAUGAAGAUUCCCCUGAGACCAAGUGGUAUAGCACCUUUUCAAAAUAAUAAUCCAUGCAACAGGAUGGGACCAAGAAACCUUUAAAUGUUGGAAAAAAGGAAUCCAUUCCUAUGGAAAAUAUGCAUGAAUUGCUUGUUGGCACUCUACCUAGUUAUAUUAUUUUGCAUUCUGUAAUUCCAAGAAAAAAUCCAUAUUAACCCAAUGGAAGGGUUUUGCUCUAUGACCUCUGUUUUUUUUUAUUGGCCCCCAAUGUACCCCCCUUACCCUCCAGGUAUCUUAACUAAGAUACCAAAUUCAGGGUUGUCAUUAAGAGCUGCGGGCCGGGGAUUUUCCCUGGCUACUAAGAGAGUGGCCCCUGGCUACUUUUAUUGGAAAAUAGAAGAAAAAUAAAACCAAAAGAAAUCCCUAGCCAUCUGAUUCCCUGCCUACUUGUUGUAUUUACCUGGAAACUUGAAAUCUUAGUGAUAACCCUGUAAAUUGAUCAGUGCCCUCUGUGCAUUUAUCAGUCAUCUUCUAUGUGGUUUCAAUUAAUGAUAAAACCAAAUUAUUUCCUACAACAAUACAUUCUAUCAAUAUCUUUGAAAAUGAAUGAUAUUUUCAAUGAUUUGUGAACUUGACAUUUUUACUUUCAGGGGUAUGCCUCACAACACUGUAAUCCAAAUAAUCCAAAUGUUGAACCCAAGCGACCCAGUAAACCUAUUAAUAUAACACCGCUAUGUCGACUGUCACCAACGGUUCCAAAUAACAUUCACAUUUCAUGGACACCAAAGUUUGGACAGGUAUGGACAAACAGAAACCUUUUAUUGAUAAAGUCAUGUAACCAUUAGAGUACGAUUGAUGGAUUGACUGUCUACUGUUAAAACUUGUGGUUUAGACAAAUUUGUAAGGAGUUUUUCAGUGUGGGGAAUUUUUAAUUGGGUCUUGGGGUUUAAACGGGACAAAUUUUUCCCAACAAUUUGAUUAGAUCUAUAUGUUUUUCAGAUAGACAAUUCCAUUUUUUAAUUUUGUUAAGGACAGUUUUAAGCCCUUGGUUUUUGGAAUGAAAACAAAGAAUUUUCCUGAUAAUUGAAUUUUGCUUUACCUAUGGUGUUAGAUUAUCGAAUUUUUUAUUAAUGAAUGAAUAUAAUCUUGAAUGUGAUGAGAACAAAAGUAUGAAAAUGCCACAAAUUAUAGUUUGUUUUUCUGACAGAUUGUUUUUCUAUUUUAUUAAUUUUCUUCAGAGGCAUGUGAUAACAGCAAAACUUGUCACAGCAGUCACAUCCAGUUGUUUGAUUCAAAGACUAAAAGCAAAUGGCUACAGAAACCCUGAUCACUCAAGAGCACUAAGUAAGCUGUGUUAUGGAUUUAUUAUGUAACAGACUAUUUUAUUUAAUAUUUGAAGAAAUGAAAUUGAUCAGAAGAAUUUAGAUAGCAUCUUGUCAUAAUAGCAAACAAAAUAGAAUCUGGUUUUUGUUAAUUGCCAGUAAAUGCGCAAUAAUAUUAAAAGUGUAACAAAAACUAACAUCUGUGUCUGUGUAUUACGUACAUGUAGUGCAUGUAAUAAGCUUGCAGUUUUAAAGUGAUAUGUAUCAAACAUGAGUCACAGUGUUUCAUUUGGAUGAAAUGCCUAUGUUAAGUUUAAAGGCCCUAAAGUCCUUUAAGACUGCAGUUUGUGCUGGAACAUCUUAGAAAUUGUUGCUCACUUAUUCAACUCCAGUUCUUAAGUGGCUAAUACGACAAAGUAACUGGAAGAAACUUAGCAACAAAAGAUAGAAAAUAAAUAAAUAAAAAUGAUCGUUGUUGAUGCAUUGACUUCUUCGCUAAUAAGAAUCGAGUCCUUGAAAGUCCUUGAGCCUUUAGACCAAAAAUCGUGAACCCAGUACCUGUGGUAGUUGCCAAACUGUAAAUUAAAGCCAGUUUUGAGGUACAAACAACCCUUAAUUAUGAUUUUGUUAAUAAAUAUACUAUAUAAACUUUGUUGUUUAAUAAAUUUCUAGUAAAAGAAAAGCUGGCACAUGAUCCAGACAGUGAAGUAGCCACCACAAGUUUAAGAGUGUCACUUCUAUGCCCAGUGAGUAUUAAGGAGAUAUCCUUAUAGAGGAGAUCUUGAUGUUCAUGAUCUGUUUGCUUUUCUUUUUCAAAGUUAUGUUCUGUCAGAAAUAGGAUCUGCAAGUAACAUUCUCCAUUGGAGUUGUUUAUCCAUUGACUUCUGCUGUUUAACACAAUAGGGAAGUCAUAUUUCACCAAUGAACAGCUUUGAUCUUGAGAAGAAAACACACUUAUCAAGUUUCACUGACAGAGGUGCAUGACUGAAGGACCUGUAGCUGAAAAUAAUAUGUGUUAGGCAAAAUAUGAUUUAUUUUUAGCAGGAUGCACAACAAAAGCUUGAGUAGAACCUGCAAAUGCUGGAUUUUUAUCAAAUGGAUUGUUGAAUUCGGCUUAAGCUUGAAUUUUCAGGAAAGUUUUCUAGAAUCAGUAUGGCUUCAUCAUAAUUAUGACAAACACUUCAUUUUCUGUUUUACUUUCUUGUUAGUUUACAACAUUACAUUACUGAAUCAGAUCCACACCUGGAUUCACCCGAGUAUCACAAACUUGUGUCAAGGAAUUUGGCAAAGUUUUUGAUAAUGAAAGAACAUUGCCAAACAUCACCAUGCUACAACAUCCAACAUUGAGCAGCAGAGAUAAGGAUUUGUUUCUUUGAAUAUACUCUCACAUUGAUUGUUUACAAGUUUUUGUGUUGCUGUUUCAGCUUGGCAAGACUCGCAUGACUCUUCCAUGCAGGUAACUUUCAAUUUAUUAUUACAAAAUGAGAUGUUUCAGAACUCCCUUAUAUCCACAUGUCACUGUGUUGCUGCAUGUUUGCAUUGCAUCAUGUGAGGAGCUUGCUUCUACUGAUUGCUUUAAAUUAUAAUCUUGAAUCUGAAAAAGGAAUGUUUGCUUAGGAAAAGGCUCUAAAAAGUCUUGAAUUUUUCACCAAAAAAAUCUCCACAAACCUGAAAUCCUCCGUACAGUGUAAAACAGAGAACCAACAGUUAAGUCAACCUACAUAUGGCAUCGAUCAACAGGGAGACGUGUGCUGUCACCACUGUGCCAUUCAUCUUCCCCCUGAUGCAUCAAAGUGUACCUCCAUGUGAAAAACUCACAACAAAACUGAUGAAAGAGUAUGUUAUCAACACUACCCACACCAUAACUUGGCUGAUAUCAAUAUUAUCUCUUUCCAUGCUAGUGUUAAACAACUUAAUAUACAACAGUCAGAUUUAAUUGAUCAUCAAACUAUCUUGUAUUUUGUUACUAGGGCGAACACAUGCAACCACUUGCAGUGCUUUGAUGCAGCUCUGUUUUUACAGAUGAAUGAAAGGUAGGGUGUUCUGUUUUUUUUUUUUUUUUUUUUUUGUAACCAUAAUUUGAAAUUAGGAAAAGAAAAGGAUACUGGUUUGAGAAUCUUCAAACCAAAGGAAUCAAUAGUGACAGCUAUCCUAUUCUCAAUACAGGACUCAACUCCCUUUAUAAAGCAGACUUUGUAGGUAUCUCAAGUUAGCACCCUCAUCAGCUAGAGUCCGUAAUAGCAAGAGUUUAUUUCAGUCACACAUCUGUAAUUUAUUUUUGGCCCAGGAUUUAGCUGCAAUCCAUAUUGUUGGAUGUCUGUUAUAGCCAGAUGUUUACAAGGCGAGAGUUGACUGUAUAGAAACCAAACAAUACAUGAUGAUUAUUUUAAUGAGAUGUACAUCAACUAAUGACUAACUUAAUUAUUGUACAAAUUCAUGACUCGACUUGUAACCAACUACUCUUGUUACUGUCCAGAUUGUGUUGUAUUUUCCUUUUUCCUUAUUACUGGCAAUAAUCUGGUCAAAAUACACUUUGUAGGAAAACAACAUGGAUUUGUCCAGUAUGUGACCAGAAGGCACCAUUUGAAAAACUAGUGUUGGAUGGGUAAGAUCCUAAAAUUUUUAGGAUGUUUAAUGUUUUCACCCUUGCUUUUCUUUUCAUGGCAAUCCAUUCCUGUCCCAUUUGUUGUGAGCAUUGAAUUCUUUUAUGUAGUCUCUACUGUGCUGUGUUCAAAAUAUAAUGUCUGACAUUGUUAAUAGAGAUCUGCAUAACAAUAAUUUAUUGAUCCAUUCAGUCUUGGAGAUUUUGCCAAAAAUGCCUUUUGAAGCUAGUUGGGCUGACAUCUGGUUGCUGCCCAGCCAAAACAAACCAAAACUACUCAAAAGGCCAUAAUACAAGUCAACCACUUAACAGUCUUCUGUUCUUGAUGUUACGUAAUCAGCUUUUGAAGUUCGGACAUGCACAGAAAGCAAAAUUUUGAGAUUGUUUCUGUGGUUUAAAGUGGCACUUUCCCCUCAUCUUUGACUUUUUCAAUUGUUGGUGUUGCAGAUUGUUUAAGGAGAUUCUGGAAGCUUCACACUGUAAUGAAAUUUGUUUUUAUGAAAAUGGUUCUUGGAGACCCAUAAGUGACCAAGGUAUUUAUCAUGCAUUUGUACAUAACAAGGUUAUACCGUAAAAUUCCGAAAAUAAACCCCUCCAUGUAUAAGCCCCUCCAAAUAUAAGCCCCCCAAAACUGUAAUGCAAAAAACCCUCCGUUAAAUCGCCCCUCCGAAUAUAAGCCCCCCGGGGGCUUAUACUCGGAAUUUGCCCUCAAAUACAAAGUAAAACAAAGCAAAAAUGGUAAAUUUCCUUCCCACUACAAGCUAGCCCUAUCGAUUUUGAAACACAAAUUUCCCUUCGUACAUAAGCCCCCCCGAAUAUAAGCCCCCCCCCCCCCCAAAAAAAUAAGCCCCUCAAAAAGGGCCUUUGAAAAAUAUAAGCCCUUAUAAGCUUAUUUUCGGAAUUUUACGGUAUUGAAUAAUAACGUAAUCCUUUGGAGCCAAUUUAGAAGAAAAUAGCACAUCAUGCUGCUGAAAAUUCACGGUGAUAACUUGAUAUUUACAUUUGUACUGGUUAGGGGUUUUCUUAUGAUAUUUGAUUUCUUUUGUAAAUUUUUUAUUAUUCUAAUUGACAAAUGUGCCUCUCUUCAUUCCUAAGAAAAUGAAAGUAAAAGAGCAGUCAGUGCUUUGGUCUCCAACACAGUACCCUCACCAGAAAGAAGUUCCAGUAGUAAAGUACAUGUUGAAGGUUUGUAAUCUGGCAUCACACAUACCUUUUGUUCCUGUUGUAUUAUAUACCCCUCACCUGUUAAAAUUUCCUUUAGCUGUACAGGUGGGAAGCCAUAUAAUUUAUUUUUCUGGUAUAAAUCCUAAAUCCUAAAUCACAGGAAGGAGCAUGAUAUAGUUUUAAGAUAGACUGGUAGGGGUCGUCCUUCUUUCCUUCGAGCCAUAUGCAGCGAGCAGUAAAGUAAAUUAAUGUUAAAGAGGAGGAGAGAUUGGGGCUAAGAGAGGAAAAAGUACUUCCCUUGGGCUUCUAUCCUUGUUCAUCUUGGUUUGUCCACACGCUCUUCACGCUUGCCCUCAGUCUUCUGUUACUCAAAAGAAAUAUAAGAGACUGCUUACAGAUAAAGUUUUAGGACUGUUUUUUUUUCUCCUUUCAGGGUAAGGAAAAAGUUUUUGGAGACUUGUCCAAUGCACAAGAUCUUUUUAUUUUAUUGUCGGUCCAUACUCCAGUGAAGAAGACAGCAUAUUCCAAUUUUAUUCAUUGCAACUUUUUGUUCAGAAUUCAAAGACGUAAAAUUGCAAUGUACUUGGUAUCGCAAUGUCCAUCAUUAUAUAAUUACAGUAGAAUUGAAUGUAAAUGCAGCGGUAGAGAUCUGUGAAAGUCAUUCCUCGACAAUGUUAUUGUUAUCUUGUGUUUUACGUGUAUACUGGCUGGAUACUGUUUUUUAAUGUUUGUUUGUUUGUUUUUCAUCUAAAACACUGCUUCCUGAUUAUUUAGCUUUUCAUCUGAACUGCCCUUCUCCGAAAUACGAUUUAAUUCCUUGUCAAUCUCUGAUAAUGUGUGUCACAAUCUAAAAGGACCAUUAACUUUUUGUCCAUCUAGCUCAAUCACAGCAACCUGAAAAGAAAAAAGAAAAAGGUGUUCAAAUUAUCGACCUCACUCUGGACAGCGACAGCGAGAGUGAUAGGGAUGAUGAAACAGAAACAGAAGACCAAGAUUACAUUGACAGAAGAGGGUUAAAUACACCAAGGUAAAGCACUCAUACUUGUCUCAGCAUGUAUUUUAAUGCAGGCCAACCUUUUAUUAGGGAUCCCAUAUUAUGAACUACCAUUUUGCCAAAAUAACCAAAAUCAAUCUUCCUAGUCAGAGCACCUUAGUUGGAGUCACUUUCAGUAGGCGGGUGACCUUCAAAUCUUAACCCUCUCAAGUCCCAAUACAUACACCGUAUUCCACUGGAAACACAAGUAGAUUCCACUGCACUCUCUACAGCACCGUCUCUAACUCUCUUCGUGAGAGACAUAUGGAAGUGAUGCAAGCAAGGCUGACACCCUUGAGCCAAACGACUGACCUCUGACCACGCCCGCGCUCUUUGUUGCUUGACUGUGUUAAAUAAAUAUUUUAUUUAACACAGAAAAAUACAUUAAAUAUUUUAUUCAACUUCAUACAGACUUCCGGUAACUGCAAUGGAAUCUAGUUGUUGACGAGUGGAAUCUGGUGGAGUAUAGUACGCAUUUUUUUUUCCAAGAGUUAUCAGCAUCACGUUUCUCCCAACAUUACCCAUACACAAGCAAGGGGAGUUAUAAAAAUGAUGACCCAAUUACAAAAUAUUUUGCUGACGUUUUUUGGCAACUCCCUCCCUCCCUCUCCCCGAUUAUAACUAGUGAAAGUCUCCUAAUAUAUUGUAAUGUGUAUUUUACGUGUUUUCGUUGCCUUGUGAUUGCAGGCCCCCUGUGAGUAGCAUGAUUCCAAGCAUGAAAAAUCCACCAAGUUUAAACUCCAUGGCAUUUUCUUCUGCACCCAACACUAUGCCAGGAUCACCGCAUGCAUCGUCAUUGUUAAAUCCAAACUUCUUCCCUCCCCCUCUCGAUUUUCCGUGCCAAAGUAAGUAAUUCCAUUCUGCUAUUUUACAUUUUAAAAACAGAUGAUAAUACGUUUCUAUUCCUCAUCGUCUACCUUGCAUUAAACCGCUCUGAAUUUUUAAACAAACCCUUAGGUACAUUGUAGGCGUUUCCUUUUGCAAAGCGCAUGAGGUUUGAGGAAUCAUGGGCACAAAAAGAGAUACUGAGAGCUAAAUUGGACAGACUUCUCCUCCACCCCGAUCGCCAACCACUCCUUUUUACUUUGUUUUCUCUUUCUAUUUUUUUGCAUCCUAUGCUUUCUCUCCCUUCAUGCGCGUAAAAACGAAUGACUUCCACGCAGGCUUCAAUUGAGGCUACUUUCCUACGCAUUCGUUUUCAAAUCGACACAAUGUAUUCUCAUGACUUUGCAGAGUUAACACGAAUCAGAAGACGUUCUUAGUUUAAACGCCUUCUAGUAGUCUCUUCGAAUCCGGGGGCAUGACAAAAUAAGACCCCGGGACUGGGGUCAGUUACAACAGAGAACUUGUCUAGUACCUGAGCAAGUGAAAGGUUAGAACGAACUUAUUACAGGGCGACAGACUUCAGUUUCAGUUCUACAGCCUGGUCUGCAAGUUUACCGUCAAACUUCUUCGUACUCAGAUUUCAGGCUUUCUCUCCCAGGAUUGUGCGUACAAUAACUGAAUAAUUAAAAGUUUGCCCAUUAAUUUGUUCUUUUUCUUUUUGUUAGAUCUUGAUCUCGACUUAUACCAUCUGCUUCCGAAUGAACCACCGCCGCCGGUAAGUCCAACACACGUGACGUCUUGUGAUUAUAUCGUUAAUCAUCUUGAACAUCCAAGGCCUGCAAAUAAUGUUCUUUUUAAAACUGACGUGUCUGCCACCAGUUCACCGUUAUUGUCAGUCAAACCAGAUAUCAGCACGCAUACUUAAUUAAUCUUCAAAUCUUCAGCCACAUUAUGAUGGUGUUCAGCACAGGCACCCCAAGCUCGCGAGUGAGAAUGGUUGUUGCGUUACAGAAAUAUUAUAAAGGUUUGAAAGAGGAUAUUAGCGAUCUUCAUUUGGGUAUCAGAAUUUCUUACCCAGUCUCCUUGUUCUAUCUGAACAACGGCAGAACUCAAACUCGCUGGAGUUGCUGAACUGCUUAUUUGGUUUUGCGAACCAUCUCGGAGCCUGGAACAGGCUAUGUUUACCUUGGAAAUCCUAUUCUCUAAACAUUUGCACCUUUUGUUAGCGACCACCUGUAUCCAAUAUGUCGAAAUUUUCCCCGUCGAAGCCUUGUAGUUGAAACCUACGCCUUCAAGCGCGCAUAUUUGUGUUUGAAUCAACAGCUUUAAACUGGAAGCGUCGAAAUAUGUAGGAUGUCAUUCAUGGUUGUAUUUGUUUGUUUUCCACAGUAUAUGUAUCACGGGUUUCUUGGGCCUCACACAUCUUCAAAUGUUAUUCAACUGGACUGACUGCGUGGAUUUCAUUGACCAACGAAGAAGUCGGAAAAGGUCUCUUUCUCGACUUAUCCAAUUCCCAGGAAAUCACGCGAAGGAAGGAAAAGAAGAUUUCGGUCUUGGAAUUAAACUGGAAAGUGCUAGGCAGUAACAACUGCCCUUUGUUUCAAUGAACAAGAGAACGAGGAAAAUUCCAUCUCCCUUCCUCCUGUCGGUCCCUGUUUGUUUCAUGGAGCACUGAUGCCUGAAGAAUUCAGACUGUCAGAAAAAUUUAACAGUGUACAGUAACAGCAAGAAUACAUCAAUUCCCUUGUCUUUGCUCUGCUUAUUUAACAGUUUCAUUACUGUUUUUUACAGUACUUUUUAAAUUUACCCUGUGCAAAAUCGA